AUGCCGGAAUUACAAAUGUGUGCUAUCAAAUACAGUAUACCUGGGAUAUCCAACCCAGGACUUCCUGAAUGUCAGGUCGCUGAGUGGUUGAAAAAGGUAUUUGGAGACCAUCCCAUCCCACAAUAUGAGAUGAACUCACGGACGACAGAAAUUUUAUAUCACCUUGCAGAACGCAACAGGGUCCGGGACAGGGACAUCAGCCUGGUAAUAGAGGACUUAAAACAGAAAGCAAGUGAAUAUGAAUCCGAAGCCAAACGUCUUGAAGACUUUCUCAUGGAGAGUGUGAAUUUUUCACCUGCCAAUCUGUCUAAGUCUGGUUCCCGGUUUCUGAAUGCACUGGUGGACAGCGCAAUUGCCCUGGAAAUAAAAGAUACUUCACUAGCAAGUUUCAUCCCCGCAGUGAAUGAUUUGACAUCUGACCUUUUUCGUACCAAAUCCAAAAGCGAAGAAAUCAAGCUUGAACUGGGGAAACUUGAAAAGAACUUGACGGCAACGCUGGUGUUAGAAAAAUGUCUACGAGACGAUCUCAAGAAAGCAGAGCUGCAACUGUCUGCAGAAAAGGCCAAGGUUGACAGUCGCCUUCAGAACAUGGACUUCCUGAAAGCGAAGGCAGCGGAGUUCCGGUUUGGAAUCAAAGCUGCAGAGGAGCAACUUUCAGCCAGAGGCAUGGAUGCAUCUCUGUCUCAUCGCUCACUAGCGGCACUUUCAGAGAAACUCUCGGAGUUAAAAGAGCAGACCAUACCCCUGAAGAAGAAGUUGGAGUCCUAUUUAGAUUUAAUGCCGAGUCCAUCUCUUGCUCAACUGAAAAUUGAAGAGGCAAAGAGAGAAUUAGACGCCAUCGAGGCUGAACUUACCAAGAAAGUAGACAUGAUGGGACUGUGAGGACAGCCAUGUAGACCUGGUCAGGAGAAGGAGAUGACUGUUCUUAGAGAUGAUGAUGUCUCUAUUAGUAAAACAACAGGGUUCGCUUCUGCAUUUAAACUUUGUGGCCUGAAUACAGUUUGCAUAUGAAAA